CCAAUCCGCCCGGCUGGCUGUGCUCCCUCGGGCUAAUGGCGGCAUUGGCUGCAUCUUUUUACGAAGAUAGAGCAAAAAUUCGACAUGGGUUCUGCUCAUUCUUCAUGCUCUCUCCUUACAACUUCCUCCACUGAACAUUUCUGCUUUCCCCAAUCGCCAAUUUGCGUAUCAAAGUUACGCCCAGCAAAUCAGAAUCAAAUCAGAUCUAUCAAAUUCACUUCUCACUCUUUUCGUUGUUGUUCCUCUCUACAGAAUUUGCCUUCAAGGUGUAAUCAAGUAGGUGAAUUUGAAACCCAAGUGAAGUCUUUGAAAACCAUGGCGGAUAUUCAUGGCAUUGAUCAAGAGUUGCUGAACAAGAUUGUCUAUGACGCUCUUGUUUGGAGUUCUCUACAUGGACUUGUUGUUGGCGAUAAGUCAGUGAAGAGAUCAGGCACAGUACCUGGUGUAGGUUUGGUUCAUUCGCCAAUUGCCUUGUUGCCUGGGUCAUUUCCUGAAACUCAUUGGAAGCAAGCAUGUGAGUUAGUCUCCAUUUUUAAUGAAUUAGUCGAUCGAGUGAGCUUGGAUGGGAAAUUUCUACAGGAAUCAUUAUCCAGAACCAAAAAAGCAGAUGAUUUUACGUCUAGACUUUUAGAUAUUCAUUCCAAGAUGCUUCAGAUGGACAAAAAAGAGGAAAUUCGCCUGGGUUUACAUCGCUCAGAUUAUAUGCUUGAUGAGAAAACCAAAUUACUUCUUCAAGUAGAGCUCAACACCAUAUCAUCUUCUUUUGCUGGACUUAGUCAAAUAGUCAGUAAACUUCAUAGUGACUUACUUGAUCAAUAUGGGGAAGUCCUUGGAUUAGACUCUAGAAUGAUUCCUGAAAAUAAUUCCGGUAAGCAGUUUGCUGAGGCAUUGGCCAAAGCUUGGACCGAAUAUAACAACCCAAGUACUGUUAUUAUGAUUGUUGUUCAAGCCGAGGAACGCAACAUGUAUGAUCAACAUUGGCUUUCUGUUCAUUUGAGGAAAAGACAUAAUGUCAAGACUAUUCGGAAGACACUGGCAGAAAUCGAUAGGGAGGGAGAACUUCAAUCUGAUGGAACACUCCUUGUAGAUGGCCAAGCAGUUGCAGUUGUGUACUUCAGGGCUGGAUAUACGCCUAUUGACUAUCCUUCUGAAACGGAAUGGGCAGCUAGGUUACUUGUGGAGCAGUCAUCUGCAGUCAAAUGCCCGUCCAUAUCUUACCAUUUAGCGGGCACCAAAAAAAUUCAGCAGGAACUGGCAAAACCAAAUGUACUUGAAAGGUUCCUUGACAAUAAAGAGGAUAUUGCCAAGAUAAGGAAAUGCUUUGCAGGGUUGUGGAGUUUAGAUGACAAAGAUAUCGUAAAAAAAGCCAUCGAAGCACCAGACCUAUUCGUUAUGAAGCCGCAAAGAGAAGGCGGAGGGAACAAUAUCUAUGGCGAUGAUGUGAGGAAAACCCUUGUAAGAUUGCAGAAGGAAGGGAAUGUAGAAGAUGCUGCUUACAUUCUUAUGCAGAGGAUAUUCCCAUCUGUUUACCCGACAAUUUUUGUUCGAGAUGGGAUUUGUCAUAAGGAUCACGCAAUUUCAGAGCUCGGUAUAUUUGGCGCUUACUUAAGGUAUGCAACUCACUUAUCUACAACUUCUUUGAGAUUAUCUGAUGCUAACCUACUUUACUCUAUUUUUUUUCUUGUUCUGCUCUUUUCAGUCAACCAUGGUGUGACUUUGAGAAUUCUGUUAGGAAGAUACUUUUAAAUGAAAUAUUUAGUAGAGGCAUUAGCUGAAAUUAAAGAAAUUGAACGGAAAACUGGUUGGUUCGGUUGGUUUGAAGUAUAUUUUUCAGUUACUUUGGAUUCAAGUUACAGUAAAUUCCUUAAAAGAGAACACUUAAGACUUGAAGCAGCCGUUAAAAGAGGAACAGAGGGUCUGAAGGCUAUAAAUAACAAGCAAAGAGAACACUUAAGACUUAAAGCAGCCGUUGAAAGAACAGAGGGGCUGAAGGCUAUAAAUAACAAGCAGCCACCAACAGCCUAAACACAGCCUACAUCAGUUCUUUUCCCUCCUAGACAAGGAAACUGACCCGCUUACGCUGUGAUGUCCCACAUUGGUUAGGGAGGAGAACAAACCACCAUUUAUAAGGG